CAGUGCUGUCAUCUGGGGAACGACCCUUGUGAUGUUGGUGCUCUUCGUGACCUUAGCAGCGCUCAUCGUUUGGACGGCGGCUGGGAGUGCGGCUCUGCGGGGGCAAGAAACCACCGAGAUAGAGCCGCAGCUGGUGAUUCCGGCCAACCUGUCUGUCCAGGCGCUCAAGCUUUUCCCGUCGCACCAGCAGGAAUCACUCCCGAUGGCAGCGCUCUCCUUCGACCGCCGCCGAGGGACGCCUCGCGGUCCCCGGCCUCCGAGAUUCGUGUCUGCGCGCAUUCGUGUCUCGGAGGCUGUACUACGGCGCCUUCGAAACCACUCGGACGAGCAAUACAAGACGAAACAUGGAGAAAAGGCGAUAUGACUAAUGUCGCAAAGAGGAUCAAGGGGGCAUUCGUCAUGGCGCCUUUGGCGCACAUGAAUAGAGAAUUAGCUGUGCUUUAGCGGGCAGGAAACCUUCGGAUAAUGCGAAUA